AUGGCUUGUCAGGUGGAGAGUGCUUUUGGGGAAUUUGUUUUCCGUGAACUAAGUGCAAUGUUGGGUGCUAUCACAAUUACUUGUCUCAUGGUGGCUAACCUUGUUGGCUUCGUAAUUGGACCAUCAGGCAUUCAUUGGUUGAUUUCUGGAUUCCUCCAGGAAGAAGGUUUCUGUUGCUCGAAAGCAUGGCUGCUGGACACUGCCCGAUCUGAUCCCCAACAUUGGAUUCUGAUGAUUGAGGUGAUCAAAAUAUGCACCCUGAGCAUUAGCACGGAAGGGAAUGUUGCUGUUGAACUGAUGGUGGUUGCCCGUUGUCGUCCUUGCAUUUUUGCGAGACUAACUGUUGCAGUUGAUAUCCUAUGA